UCCCGGCUCCAGACUGAGACCCAAGUCUGACUUCCCCCUGCGAGUUGAGGCUCCUUGCCUGGUUGCUGCGACGAUUCGAGAUGGGCCUUACCCGGGCCCCACGCGUGUCGCAGGCACGCAGCACGCACGCUUAGUAAACACCAGCUGUAGUGAGCGAGUCCCCCUUUGUAGCUCGACAGAGUACAAAGUUCUCUGGAGCUGCGGGCGCCGCAGGUCAGUGGCGUCCGCGGGGACCCCGCCCCCGCCCCCCGCGCGCGGCCGGGGCCACCCGGUGGGGUUGCUACGCACUGACGUGGGCGGAUCAAAGCGGCCGCCCGCCUUAUAAAGCAGUUUGGGAGGCUUGCGCCGGAGAUCGCGCCGGGCGAGGAGGAGAGCUCGGGCGAGCGGCGAGCACAGGCCCCGGGAGCUGAGCGCAGCAGAGAGCAGCCGGAGUCCGCGCCUGACUCCGCGCGGGUCCUGAGCCGGCCGCAGCUUGCCAGGAUCGCCGGCGUCCUUCUCGCGCCGCUUCACGAAGAGGGCGCCUUCCCCGCUCGCCCAGCCGGAGUGCGCACGGGCCCGCUGGAAACCGCACUCGCCGCUCCCUGGGCAGGCCAGGGCACCCGGGCACGCAGGGCGCGCCUGGCGAGCGCCCCGGGAGGUGAGCAGUGGUCGCGGGCAGCGGGCAGCCGCUCAGCGGGGACCCGCCAGGGCUGGGGGCGCCCGAGUCCGAGGGGGACGACGCUUCUCGCACCCGCCACGACCCCCUUGGGCACCUACUCCCGGGCGGCGUGCAGGACCAGCGGCGGCCGUGCAGGCGGAGGACUUCGGCGCGGCUACUCCUGGGUGUGACCCCGGGCGCGCCCGCCGCGCGACGAUGAGGGCGCGGCCGCAGGUCUGCGAGGCGCUGCUCUUCGCCCUGGCGCUCCAGACCGGCGUGUGCUAUGGCAUCAAGUGGCUGGCGCUGUCCAAGACACCAUCGGCCCUGGCACUGAACCAGACGCAACACUGCAAGCAGCUGGAGGGCCUGGUGUCUGCACAGGUGCAGCUGUGCCGCAGCAACCUGGAGCUCAUGCACACGGUGGUGCACGCCGCCCGCGAGGUCAUGAAGGCCUGUCGCCGGGCCUUUGCCGACAUGCGCUGGAACUGCUCCUCCAUUGAGCUCGCCCCCAACUAUUUGCUUGACCUGGAGAGAGGGACCCGGGAGUCGGCCUUCGUGUAUGCGCUGUCGGCCGCCGCCAUCAGCCACGCCAUCGCCCGGGCCUGCACCUCCGGCGACCUGCCCGGCUGCUCCUGCGGCCCCGUCCCAGGUGAGCCACCCGGGCCCGGGAACCGCUGGGGAGGAUGUGCGGACAACCUCAGCUACGGGCUCCUCAUGGGGGCCAAGUUUUCCGAUGCUCCUAUGAAGGUGAAAAAAACAGGAUCCCAAGCCAAUAAACUGAUGCGUCUACACAACAGUGAAGUGGGGAGACAGGCUCUGCGUGCCUCUCUGGAAAUGAAGUGUAAAUGCCAUGGGGUGUCUGGCUCCUGCUCCAUCCGCACCUGCUGGAAGGGGCUGCAGGAGCUGCAGGAUGUGGCUGCUGACCUCAAGACCCGAUACCUGUCGGCCACCAAGGUAGUGCACCGACCCAUGGGCACCCGCAAGCACCUGGUGCCCAAGGACCUGGAUAUCCGGCCUGUGAAGGACUCGGAGCUCGUCUAUCUGCAGAGCUCACCUGACUUCUGCAUGAAGAAUGAGAAGGUGGGCUCCCACGGGACACAAGACAGGCAGUGCAACAAGACAUCCAACGGAAGCGACAGCUGCGAUCUUAUGUGCUGCGGGCGUGGCUACAACCCCUACACAGACCGCGUGGUCGAGCGGUGCCACUGUAAGUACCACUGGUGCUGCUAUGUCACCUGCCGCAGGUGUGAGCGUACCGUGGAGCGCUAUGUCUGCAAGUGAGGCCCUGCCCUCCGCCCCAUGCAGGAGCGAGGACUCUGCUCAAGGACCCUCAGCAACUGGGGCCAGGGGCCUGGAGACACUCCAUGGAUCUCUGCUUGUGAAUUCCAGAUGCCAGGCAUGGGAGGCGGCUUGUGCUUUGCCUUCACUUGGAAGCCACCAGGAACAGAAGGUCUGGCCACCCUGGAAGGAGGGCGGGACAUCAAAGGAAACCGACAAGAUUAAAAAUAACUUGGCAGCCUGAGG